AUGGAUGAGGACAAUUUGCAUGACGUUGAUAUGGAUGAUGUUGAAUACAAGGAUGCUAUGAAGCCAUCGAUAAAAUUGACUUUGGACGAUGAUCGAGUCAUCAGUACCAAUGAAUUGGGAAUGUCAGAGGACGAGGUAGCACAUGUUGUGACUGAAGAAUCAAAGGAAGACGACCCUAAUGAAUCUAUCUCAACCACGCUGGCGAGAGAAGCUUCUGUAAUGAAGGUUCCAUUCAAAAGUGAUCGCUACAAUAAACAGAACAAUCAGCGGCUGUCGCUUGAUGAACAAAUCAGGUCAGCAUUCCUGAAUGGUAACGAUGCCAGUCAACGUUCUAUCAGAAGAAAACCUGAAAUUAACAGUCAUGUUCCACUUCAAAAGAGCAGCAGUACAUUUAGCGGCGAUUCGUCACCAUUGGAAAACGACGCAUAUGCAAUGGAAACGAAUGAAUCGGAACUAUUCGUCACUCAAGCGUCACACGAAGAAACUACCACAAAUGAAGAACCAAAGGAAAUAAUCACAGGAUAUCCGGAAGAGACGACUCAACCAACCCGAAGACGUUUCAUUUACGUUACGAAAAGACCUCGAAAAUCCAGAAAUUGA